CUGUCUGAAGUCAUCAUCAGUCCAUGGCGAAAGCCCGAGCUACCAGAAAAACCCUAGAUUCUUAUACCGCCAAAGGAAUCAAUAAAUCAAUCAAACCCGGCGAUUGCGUGUUGAUGCGACCUUCCGAACCAUCGAAGCCGUCGUAUGUAGCCAAAGUGGAGAAGAUUGAAUCGGAUGCCAGAGGAGCUAACGUGAAAGUUCACGUACAGUGGUACUAUCGACCGGAGGAAUCGAUCGGCGGACGGAGACAAUUUCACGGCAUCAAAGAGGUGUUUCUCUCCGAUCACCAUGAUGUGCAGAGUGCUGAUACAAUCGAAGGAAAGUGUACGGUUCACACUUUCAAAACCUAUACAAAGCUUGACGCCGUUGGUAAUGAAGAUUUUUUUUGCCGAUUCGAGUAUAAUUCCUCCACUGGAGCCUUCAAUCCCGAUAGAGUGGCCGUGUACUGUAAGUGUGAGAUGCCUUAUAAUCCUGAUGACUUGAUGGUUCAAUGCGAUGGCUGCACUGAUUGGUUUCAUCCUGCUUGUAUAGACAUGGCGCCAGAGCAGGCCAAACAACUUGAGCAUUUCUUCUGUCAGAACUGCUCAUCUGAAGAGCAAAAGCUGCUCCAAAAUUCUCAUGCUACUUCUAGACAUACAGAUUUGAAGGUGGGAACAAAGCGGCGCCGGAGGUGAUACACAGCAGCUGUUGAAAUAUAUAAAGCAAGAGAAUGGGAGGCAGGGGAGAGCAAGUAACAGAGUGGGGUUAGUAGAAGAUGGUCUGAUACAGUUAUCUGUAUGUAUGUGUUUCUGAAAAAGUGUUUGUUUAUUAUGUACUUUAGUGUUGUCAUCUAGUUAUCUCAUAUAUAUAUAUAUAAAUAUAUAUAUAUAGAUACAUAUAUGUAUGCAUGUAUGUAUAAUCUGUUUAACU